GAGUCGACAACAUCCAGAUACCUGAUUGACUGGAGCGUUUGCGGCGGUUGUGCUGGUCUACCCCUCGAGCCGUGCAUCAUUGCGUGGAGUUGUAAUAUGCACCGUCUUACGCCCCCGUGUACGGACCAGUCAAUGGUUGUACACAUCUCAAAUUCUCAAUAAAGAGACCCCGAAAGCCAACUGCAUCACACCUUCGUUAGGCAGCAGCUUUAUUUCAACCCCCCUUUUCUCCCUUACUGUCCCUAGAGCGAUGGGUGCAUCUGCUGCUUGGGGAACCCGUCUCUCCUUCACCGUUUUCUAUUUCAUGUAGUUCGACAAUUUGCGCGUUUUGUUUCCGUGAUUGUCCUUUAUUCGUCGCGAUUCUCGCACCAUGGCUUCCCAUGUGCCAGAGGAACCAACGGCUCCAGAAAAGCCGGCAGUGGAGAAAAUGUCGGUGGACAAUGUUGAUGAUAAGGGAGACGAUGCCGAUGCCUCAAUACAUGAGGAGAAAAAGGAGGAAGAGGAAGAGAAGGGCAGCGCAUCGCUGGGCAACUACUUUAGAGUCCUGAGCUAUGGGACAGGGCUCGAUUAUUUCCUUGUCGUCUUGGCUGUGCUAUCGUCCGUUGGUGUCGGCGUGUCGUUGCCAUUGAUGCAGAUUGUCUUUGGCCGGUUGGUUGGAGACUUCACCGCCUACUCUACUCCAGGAAACACCCUAACGGAAGCUGCAUUUAAGAAACUCUUUACCAAGAAUUCCCUAUGGUUCGUCUACUUGUUCAUUGGGAAGUUUGUUCUUUCCUACAUCUCCAUGCUCACGGUCCGUGUAUCUGGGGUCCGGAUCAGCGCCGCUUUGCGUCUUGCCUACCUCCAAGCCCUGUUGAAGCAGCCGGUAUCCAGCAUGGAUGCAAUUUCUCCAGGCACUGUCGCGAACCGAAUCACGAACACGAGCAAUACGAUCCAGCUUGGUGUUUCUCAACAACUCACCAUGCUUGUCCAGUCAAUUGCCCUGGUCGUUGGGCUCUAUGUCGUCUCAUUCAUCUAUGAAUGGCGUCUCACGCUAGUCAUCAGUUCUGGCUUGCUGUUCAUCAUUCUCUGUUACGGCGCUUCAUUGCCUAUCUUCCUGAAGAUCCAUAAGCGUACCGAAGAGAUGCAGGAUCUGGCGUCCAAAGUGGCCUUCGAAGUGUUCAGCUCCAUCCGUAUCGUUGUAGCCUUCGGAGCAGAAAAGCGUCUUGCCGCCAAACAUGAAGCCGUACUCCUCAAAGCGAGGAAGAAUGAAUCCAAGAACAGUCCUGUCAUGGGGUUCAUGAUCAUGCCCAUGUUCUUCGCGAUGUACGCCUGUUUUGCAUUGGCCUUUUGGUAUGGCGUCAAGCUGUAUACGAACGGAACGGUCGACGAUCUUACGUCAAUUAUCAUCGUCCUGUUUUCGGUCGUCUUUGCGAUUUCUGCCAUCGGAAGGGUUUCAACCCCCAUCAUUGCCAUAUCAAAAGCCGCUUCGGGAGCGAGUAUCCUGUUCACGACAAUAGAUGCGGAGGUCUCUGAUCAGUCAGGAUUGAAAGCGCCAGAUGUCUCCUCAGAGAAUGACAUUACGAUGACCGAUAUUAAGUUUGCAUAUCCAUCUCGACCUACCGUAAAGAUUCUGGAUUCCCUAAAUAUUACAUUCGAAUCCGGAAAAGUGACAGCCAUUGUUGGGCCGUCUGGUUCGGGGAAGAGUACCACUGUAGCUUUGCUGGAGCGGUGGUACGAUCUCGGCCAGGAACUUCCUGAACCUCCCAAAAAGGGAGAUAAGAAGAAAGAGGGUGAUCAGGGCGAGAAGUCGGAGAAAAAGGCCUUCAAAAUUUUUGGAAAGAAGAACGAAGCUGCAACUUCGACUGAGGACACGAACGACGGUUCUGAGCCGCCAGGAAUGAACACAAGCGAUGGCGAUGAGAGACUCCAGGUGCGAGUUAACAGCGGAUCCAUCAAGAUUGGGCCUCACGAGAUCCGCGACGUCGACGUCAAAUGGUGGCGAGCGCAGAUCGGCUUGGUUCAGCAAGAACCAUUCUUGUUCAACGACACCAUCUUCAACAACGUGUCUCAUGGUCUGUAUGGCACGCAGUGGGAAAACGAAACGCGCGAGAAGAAGUUGGAACUGGUCGUUGAGGCUUGCAAAGAGGCGUUUGCCGAUGAGUUCAUCAGUCAGUUUCCCGAUGGGUACGACACGAUAGUCGGCGAUCAGGGCAUGAUGAUGUCGGGUGGGCAGAGACAGCGCAUCGCUAUUGCUCGGAGCAUCAUCAAACGACCUCCGAUUUUGAUCUUGGACGAAGCAACAAGCGCCAUUGAUGUUCGAUCGGAGCGGAUUGUUCAGCGAGCAUUGGACCGGGUCAGUCAGAACCGAACGACGAUUGUGAUUGCACACCGGCUCAGCACGAUCAAACGAGCCGACAAGAUCGUCGUGGUCCGAUCAGGGAAGGUCGUGGAGCAAGGCACCCACGAAGAGCUCCUUCAGUUCACCGAGGGUAUCUAUCACAACCUUGUUCGUGCGCAGCAGCUCGCCAUCGAGGACGAUGUUCCUGGUUCCGACCUCAAAGAAGUCGAAGCGUUCACGGGCGAAGAUUUAGAGUUGCGUAGGUCCAAGAGCAAGGCGGAAUCCGCCAUACGUGGCGGCGCCGCUGAAGAAAUCGACCUUGAGGGCGAGGCGAAAUAUACGAAACAGGGCAUCACAAAGACCUUCGGGCGUCUCCUUUGGGAACAGCGGUCUCACUGGGUACUCUACCUCUUUACUAUCGUUGGCGCACUGGGUGGAGGAGCAGUCUAUCCUCUCCAGGCCUGGUUGUUUGCGCAGCUCAUCAACGCAUUCACGAAGUUCGGCCAAGAACUAAUCGACGAAGGCAACUUCUGGAGCCUGAUAUUCUUUGUCCAAUCCCUCGGUGUCGCCGUCGCGUACUGCAUGCUUGGCUGGGCCAGCUACGAAGCAGCAGUGGUGGUCAGCACCCACUACCGACAGGAAUACUUCGUCAACAUGAUCACGAAACGGAUCUCCUUCUUUGACCAGGAAGGGCAUUCGCCUGGUACGCUGAGCGGCAGACUGACCACUGAUUCAACGCAGAUCAUGCAAUUGUUAGGUAUGGAGAUGAGCAUGGCCUACAUCGCCGUGUUUAACCUGAUCGGCAGUCUUAUCAUCGCAUUUGUCUUCGGGUGGAAGCUCUCGCUCGUUGGGCUAUUCGCUAUACUUCCCGCCAUUUUAUUGGCAGGCUACUACCGCGUGAAGCUCGAGAUGCAAUUCGAGCAAAUGAACGCGGCUGUAUUCGCCGACAGCUCCCAAUUCGCUACCGAAGCAGUCGGCGCGUUCCGUACUGUUACUAGCCUAACUAUGGAAGGUGUCGUGACGGAGCGAUACAACAAAUUGCUGGCAGGCCACACCAUCCGCGCCCUGAAGCGAGCCAUCCCCAGUUCCUUUGUCUUCGGCCUCUCCGACAGCGUCGACCUCGCCUGUAUGGCCCUUGCCUUCUGGUACGGCGGCCAACUCCUCGCAACCCGCGAAUACGACAUGAUCCAAUUUUUCGUCGUAUACAUGGCCGUCGUCCAAGGUUCCCAAGCCGCCGGCGUCUGGUUCUCCAUGGCCCCCAACAUCGCUCAGGCCACCGGCGCAGCAAAUCGGAUCAUCAGCCUUCGACCAGACCAAAAUGACAGCGAUUGGAUCGGCAAGAGGCCUCUCUCCAGCACAGAUGGACCCAUUGGCCUGGAGUUCCGCGAUGUGCGCUACACCUACAAUUCCCGCAAUAUACCCGUCCUGAAAGGUCUCAAUAUGAAGAUCGAACCCGGGCAAUUCGCCGCGCUGGUCGGCGCAUCAGGUUGCGGCAAGAGCACCAUUAUCUCCCUCCUCGAACGUUUCUACGAUGUCGACAAUGGCGCCAUCAUCGCGGACGAUCAGAACCUGAACGACCUCGCCGUCGCCGAGUACCGCGCCGCCGUGAGCCUCGUCAGCCAGGAACCGACUUUGUACGAAGGCACGAUCAAGGAGAACGUCGGGCUGAGCGUCGAAGAAGGGCGAGCGACCGACGCCGACAUCGAGCGCGCGUGUCAGGAAGCGCAAAUCCACGAGUUCGUCACCAGCCUGCCGCAGGGGUACAACACGCCGCUUGGCCCCAAAGGAUUGUCGCUGUCGGGCGGCCAGAAGCAGCGGCUGUCAUUGGCCCGUGCGCUGCUCCGUCAGCCGCGGCUACUGUUGCUCGACGAGGCGACGAGCUCGCUGGAUAGCAGCUCGGAGCGGUUGGUUCAGGAGGCGAUCGAGCGGGCGGCGGGAGAGGGAGGGCAGACGAUCGUGGCGGUCGCGCAUCGGCUGGCGACGAUCCAGAAGGCGGAUGUGAUUUUCGUGUUGGGGAGUGGGAAUGUGUUGGAGAAGGGGAAUCAUGCGGAGUUGCUGGCGAAGCGGGGGUUGUACUGGCAGAUGUGUCGGGCACAGGCGUUGGAUCGGUGAAGGGUGGGCAGGUACGGCCCAGGAUGCAUUGCUUUGGCGUUGAAGGCUGAUCUCCCAGCGUAUCGAGCGGACAAGACUGUCUUAUUUCAUUGGAGGUUCAUCUCAACUCGGAUGUACUGAUUACUGUAGAUUACCCUCAGACCUUGGACAUACUGUAGAAUACAUAGGUACACUCUAAUCCUCAAAACUUCGUUGUCGACCUAUGGCA